UUCACUUCGUUCAAAGUAAACGUGAGUGUGGGAGCAAACAUGCUUGCAGCCUCGGAAAUCCCUUCCCACUAUGGGCGUCGACAAGAAUCUUCACUUUCGCGUUUGCUGUCAGGCAAGCUGGAUGCACCGUUGGAGGAACAAUUGGAGACUCUUAAAAGCAAUGUAUUCUUGACUAUCAUCAGCUACUAUAAAGAUUUUGUAAACUCCUAUCAAUACCGCUUCGACUUGAGAGAUGAAAUCGCCGCUCUUGCAGAACAGAUAGAGGCAUCACCUAAGGGAACGACGGCGGUCGCCAAUCGAGAAAGGGACUUGAAGUUGAAAACUGUCAGUCUUCUUGAAGCGAUAACAAAGCUGCAUGUCGAAUUGCAAGGUUUUGAUCAAUUGGUGGAGACAGGAGAAAUGAUUACCGCCGCUGAUUCAGUGAUGGAAAUGGGAUUCUUGAUCGAACGACUUGUUAGCCUGAAAGACGACGCUGAUUGUCCACUGGAGGUACUCAACGCCUUGAAGAAAGAAGUCACUUCAAAGCGCGCUCACUUGCAGCAAAGACUCGAGGAGCUAUUUUCCGCAGCUUACGUAUUCAUAUCACACAAUGACUACUCAGAGCUGAAAGUAACUUCACGUCUUCUCGCCACCAUCGCCAGGACCUAUUUUGAUAGUCCCAUCAAUCAUGAAGACGUUAAGUUGGCAAUGGUGAAAAUGAACUCAUUGGAAGGCGCCAUGAGGCGUUUAUCUCGGCGGAUCACCGCGACUUUGGCCAUGCCAAUCAUGAGGGAUCCGAGCCUGGAGCUUACAUUAAAUAGGACAAAGAUCGCGUCGACAAUUCGAUAUGGGCCUUCUUCUGGAGUAGUAAAGACAGAAGCAAGACAGACCGAAGAAUACCUACCAAUGGUAUUUGACAAGCUCUUGAAGCUCGCGCAACUCUUGAAGGAAACCGUGUUCAGCGGCAGCAGCUCGGAUGGCGCUUGUGAUCCUAUCCAGAUCUUCGCGGAUAGCUGGUCGCCAGAGCUUGCGUCCAAGGUUCUUAGUGAGUGCCUCAUGCCGUCCAUCCCUGAAGAUCCAGAUGCACUGGGCAAAUAUCAUGAGCUUGUCAUCGAGAUACGAGGGUUUGAUGAAAACAUGAAAAAACUUGGUAUGUUUCGAAAAGAUCAGAACGAUCUACUGGAUUUCACCGUGCGAGUCAACCAGCAUUAUGCCCAGAAGAGGCGAGCAGACUUGCUGAUGCUAGUUCGCGAUAUCUUACAAAGCGACGACCAGAAUACAGUCGAGGUUCCUGGAGAAUUGGAACGAGGUGAUAUAUUUACCGUCACCAGUGAGACUAAAGCGGGAAAGGAAAUGGACGAGACUAAGGCUGCUGCUAAAAUUGGCGGUAAAGACGGCCUAGAAAUGGCAGAAGCGAGAUUCAAGUUGCCAACAUGUCACGUAAGCAAGCAAGCGCAGGCAUUGGUUGAGCUGGCUCACCAAACCCUUGAGAGUGUUGCGACUGCCGAUGACAGCAGCAAAAUCGAAGCCUUUUACUGUGCCCGAGAUAUUUUUGACUGCUACCGCGCGGUCAUACCGGUCCAUCAUGCUGAUUCACUGGAGAAUAUCCCCGGACGAACAAUGCUGUUCUAUAAUGAUUGCGAGUAUAUAUGCUUUCAUCUUCUCGCGAUGGGGUACAAGUAUAGCACACUUCUUCCGUAUCCCUUGAAACAAAUGGGAACGUUUCUGGACAUGGUGCCAAGUUAUCGCAAGUUGGGCGAAGGUUAUUUUAGAAACCAAUUGCGCAAACAGCGAGACGACCUCUUGGCUCGAUUGGCCGAAGCGGGUGGCUUUGGGAGUCUUUCGGACGAUAUGCGCUGCGAGCAGGUUGAGAAGGCGAUCAAAGCAGCGCUUUAUCAUUUGAAUGGACUAGUAAAAGCAUGGAAGCCGAUUAUGCCACUUGAGAUAUAUCUGAAGUCUAUGGGCAUUCUGGUGGACGUCAUAAUAUCGGCGAUAUUGAAUGAUGUCGCGGAACGUUCGACCUGGACGAAGCAGGAAGGGCACCAACUGCGGUAUCUUAUGUCACUGAUAGACAAGACCGAAGCCCACUUUCAUCGUGUAUCCGGAGUUGGUAAAAACAAAGAGAUAGAGAGAGCACCCAUUCCGAAAUAUUCAAAUCUAUGGGAAGUUUAUCGCGAUAUCACAGAUAUGUUGGAAGCUGCUUCACCCGAAGCUGUGUUAGAACGGAUACGAAAUACACUUGAGACGGUGGGCGGAAAGGACAACAAUCAGGGACGUUUGCGAUAACUGCAAGCUCGCUCCGCGUGACAAUACAAUAUAUUAAUUCACUUGCAACUCGGC